AUGGAAGAAGCGAGUCUGUGCCUUGGAGUGUCCUCGACGGCACCGGAAGCUGAGCCUCAUCUGAGCGGCCCAGUCCUCAAUGGCCAGUAUGCCAUGAGCCAGAAGUUGCACCAGAUCACUUCCCAGCUCAGCCAUGCCUUUCCUGAGUUGCACCCGCGGCCCAACCCAGAGGAGAAGCCACCUACAGCCCUUGAGGAGAAGGCCCACGUGCCCAUGAGCGGACAGUCCAUGGGCAGCCAAAUGGCGCUGCUGGCCAACCAGCUGGGCCGCGAUGUAGACAACAGCCUCAAUGGGCGGGUGGACCUGCAGCAGUUCCUCAAUGGGCAGAACCUAGGAAUCAUGUCUCAGAUGAGUGACAUUGAGGACGACGCCCGAAAGAACCGGAAGUAUCCGUGUCCUCUGUGUGGCAAGCGGUUCCGGUUCAAUAGCAUCCUCUCCCUGCACAUGCGCACUCACACUGGUGAGAAGCCAUUCAAGUGCCCCUACUGCGACCACCGCGCCGCGCAAAAAGGAAACCUCAAGAUCCACCUGCGGACCCACAAGUUGGGCAACUUGGGGAAGGGGCGCGGGCGGGUACGUGAGGAGAACCGUCUGCUGCACGAGCUGGAGGAGAGGGCCAUCCUGCGGGACAAGCAAAUGAAGGGCAGCCUGCUGCAGCCGAGGUCUGAUCUCAAGCCCGUGGCACAUGCCCAGCAGGCCCCAUUGACCACCUGCAACUUGGCCUUGCCUCCCAACCAUAGUGUACCCGAUGUAGCCCACCCGGCACCUUCCCCCAAACCAGCCACUCUGCAGGAGGAUUCAGUGACCCCGGCUGCGGGUUUCCGAUGCACUUUUUGCAAAGGCAAAUUCAAGAAGCGAGAAGAGCUGGACCGCCACAUCCGCAUUUUGCAUAAACCCUACAAGUGCACGUUGUGUGACUUCGCGGCCUCGCAGGAGGAAGAGCUCAUCAGUCACGUGGAGAAGGCCCAUAUCACCGCAGAGUCUGCCCAGGGCCAAGGCCCCAAUGGCGGGGGAGAGCAGUCAGCCAACGAGUUCCGCUGUGAGGUAUGUGGCCAGGUGUUCAGCCAGGCCUGGUUCCUGAAGGGCCACAUGCGUAAGCACAAAGACUCCUUUGAACACUGCUGCCAGAUCUGUGGUCGGCGCUUCAAGGAGCCUUGGUUCCUGAAGAAUCACAUGAAGGUCCACCUCAACAAGCUGUCAGUGAAGAACAAAUCCCCCACUGAGCCUGAGGUGUCGGUGCCCAUGGGUGGCCUGUCCCAGGAAGCCCAUGCCAACCUGUACUCUAGGUACCUCUCCUGCCUGCAGAGUGGCUUUAUGGCCCCGGACAAAGCCAGCCUGAAUGAACCCUCCCAGCUCUAUGGCAAGGGCGAGCUCCCGGCCAAGGAGAAGGAGGUUCUGGGAAAGCUCCUGUCACCCAUUCCCAGUAUGGCUCACAGUGUCCCCGAGGGGGACAAGCACUCCCUCCUGGGCUGCCUCAACCUCGUGCCACCACUGAAAUCCAGCUGCAUCGAGCGGUUGCAGGCAGCUGCCAAAGCAGCAGAAAUGGACCCUGUGAAUAGCUAUCAGGCCUGGCAGCUCAUGGCCAGGGGCAUGGGCAUGGAACACGGCUUCUUAUCUAAAGAGCAUCAGCUCACGCGCAACCACGAAGACCCUUUGGCAAACGCCGGAGUUCUGUUUGAUAAGGAGAAGCGGGAGUACGUGUUAGUGGGAGCAGAUGGCUCCAAGCAGAAAAUGCCUGCUGAUUUGGUUCACAGCACUAAAGUGGGCAAUCAGAGAGACCUGCCAAAUAAGCUCGACCCUCUAGAAGGCAGUCGGGAAUUUUUGUCACAUGGGCUCAACCAGACGCUCGAAUACAACCUGCAGGGUCCCGGGAAUAUGAAAGAGAAGCCCACUGAGUGCCCGGAUUGUGGACGGGUUUUCCGAACCUACCACCAGGUGGUCGUGCAUUCUCGAGUCCACAAGCGGGACCGCAAGAGUGACGAGGAUGCUCUGCACGUGGGGGUGGGCCUGGAGGAGCGGCGAGGCUCAGGCAGCGACCAGGAGUCUCAGUCAGUGAGCCGCUCCACCACACCUGGCUCCUCGAAUGUGACUGAGGAGAGCGGGGCCGGAGGUGGCCUGUCGCAGACCGGAAGCGCCCAAGAGGAUAGUCCACACCCCUCUUCACCAUCUUCCUCAGACAUCGGCGAGGAGGCCGGGAGAGCCGGCGGCGUCCAGCAGCAGGCGCUGCUUCGAGACAGGAACCUGGGCUCGACCAUGAAGGACUGCCCGUACUGUGGGAAGACCUUCCGGACUUCCCACCACCUUAAGGUCCACCUGAGGAUACACACAGGUGAGAAGCCCUAUAAGUGCCCUCACUGUGACUACGCUGGCACCCAGUCAGCAUCCCUGAAGUAUCACCUGGAGAGACACCAUCGGGAGCGGCAGAAUGGAGCCGGGCCCCUGUCAGGACAGCCCCCGAGCCAGGAGCACAAGGAUGAGUCCUCCAGCAAGGCGCCUAUGUUCAUCAGGCCGGACAUCCUGCGGGGAGCUUUUAAGGGUCUCCCCGGAAUCGACUUCCGAGGAGGUCCUGCCUCUCAGCAGUGGACAUCGGGCAUGCUCUCCUCUGGAGAUCACUCAGGGCAGGCCACCGGCAUGUCCUCAGAGCUGUCUUCAGAUGCCCUAAAAGGCUCCGACCUUCCCUCCAAGAGCUCCCACUUCUCAGAGAUCGGAAGAGCUUAUCAAAACAUCGUGAGCAAUGGUGUGAAUUUCCAAGGGUCCCUGCAAGCAUUCAUGGACAGCUUUGUCCUCAGCUCUUUGAAGAAAAAGGACGCGAAAGACAAGGUCCCAUCUGACGCCCAUCCCAUGAAAGCCCAUACGGCGGAGGGUGGAGAGGAGAAAGCAAGCGUGAAGCCCUCCCAGCGGAAGUCGGAGAAGUCUCAGUAUGAGCCUCUGGACUUGUCUGUGCGGCCAGACGCCACCACCCUCCCUGGCUCCUCUGUGACCAUGCAAGACAGCAUCGCGUGGCACGGCUGCCUGUUCUGCGCUUUCACCACCUCGUCCAUGGAGCUGAUGGCCCUGCACCUCCAGGCCAACCACCUAGGCAAAGCGAAACGCAAAGAUCACCCCACAGGGGUGGCAGUCAACUGCAAAGAACAGGGGCGGGAGGCCAGCAAGGUCUCCGUACUGCCUUCCCUACAAUCAAACAAAGAGAUGGCCCUUUCUAGCGCUGUCGGUGUGGGCGUGCUCGACUCUGCUCCUGAGAAGAUGGCCCAAGGACCGGCCAAAGAGACUCCAGGGGACCAGAAGAGUGGCCAGUGGCCCGGCCCCGUGGACCCUGCCUUUUGUACCUUUCCAUCUGACUUCUACAAACAGUUUGGUGUUUACCCCACUAUGGCUGGCUCGGGGGCCCCAGGCGCCUGCCUCAACAAGAACCCCGAGGGCAAGACCCACCCAGAAGACGACGCCCCUAUCCUGAUCCCGGAAACCACAAACAAAAACACUACUGAUGACCUCUCAGAUAUUGCCUCCUCCGAGGACAUGGACUCCUCCAAGGGAGAAAACAAUGAGGACGAGGAGAUAGACACCGAACCAGAAAUGAUGAGCAAGCCGCUGUCUGCUCUCAGCAAGGAUGGCAGCCAUGAGGGCGGUGACGGCCUGCUGCCCCCAGGCGCCCCCCAGCCCAUCCAGGGACUGGUCUCACCUUUAGCCCAAGCAGCCGAGGAACAGUGGCACAGCCCAGGCCUCCUUCCUGCCCAGGACCCCUCGGCGGGGCUGCCCAAGCCAGAGCGGGGUCCCCCGGGCUUGGAGAAACCUAUGAGCAUGCUGUCGGUCCUCAGGGCCUACAGCGCCGAUGGCUUGGCAGCCUUUAACGGGCUUGCAAGCAGCACAGCAAAUUCUGGAUGUAUCAAGAGGCCAGACUUGUGUGGUCACAGGCCUUUCCAGUGUCACUACUGUCCCUACAGUGCCUCGCAGAAGGGGAACCUGAAGACUCAUGUCCUCUGUGUCCAUCGAAUGCCUUUUGACAACAGCCAGUAUCCCGACCGCAGGUUCAAACGUUCCAGGGUCGACUCAGAGGCUUCUGGGAAUUUUGAGGAGGCUGCGGUUGUCAAGCCCGGGAGCUUUGCCGAGCUCACGGAUGAGAGAGGAAAAGGCCAGGAGGAGGGCAACUGA